CCCGGAUGUACAGAAUGGAACCCAUGGAUGAAGCCAACAGUGACAACACGGAGCUCGCCAAAGCGAAAAAGGACGAAGGAAAUUUAGCGUACAGCGAAGGGGACUACGAGAAAGCCUUCCAGCUCUACACAGAGGCUAUCGAUUUUGACUCAAGCGGCGCCGUCUACUACAGCAACCGAGCGGCGACGCUUUUAAUGCUCGAGCAAUAUCAGCAGGCGUUAGAAGAUUGCCGUCAAGCGUUGUAUAUCGAUUCCAAGUUUGUUAAGGCUCAUUUUCGCGAGGCGAAGUGUCAUUUGGCGCUCGGCGACGUGAAUUCCGCUCUGAGAUGUCUGCUGAAAGUGAGAGAAUUGGAGCCUAACAACAAAGCUGUUGAACCGGAGUUGACGACAGUUGAGACGAUACGGGAGUGGAAGAAUGAAGCGAUGAAGUCAUACGACAAUCAUGACUUUCGCAAGGUUGUAUUCUGUAUGAGCAAGGCUAUACAGCUUGCACCAGCAUGUACAGCAUUCAAAAUCGAGCAAGCAGAAGCAAACGUUCUCUUAGAGAAUUUCGAUGCCGCACAACACUCUCUAAUAGACAUUAUGAGUCGAGAUAGGAUGAAUGCGGAUGCAUUGUAUGUACGUGGUCUGUGUUUCUAUUAUCAGGAUUUACCUGAUAAGGCGACGGCUCACUUUCAGCAAGCUCUACAAGUCGAUCCUGACCAUAAGAAAUCGAGGCAAAUAAUUCGACAAGCAAAGGCAUUGAAUGCCAAGAAAGAAGAAGGAAAUUCUGCAUUUAAGAGUGGUGACUACGAUCGUGCACAUCAGCUAUAUACAGAAGCUCUUCAGAUCGAUCCACACAAUCGAUUCACUAAUGCGAAGCUGUAUUACAAUAGAGGGACUGUAUUAGCAAAGUUACAACGGUUUGAUGAGUCUGUUGUGGACUGCACAGAAGCAAUAGAAUUGGAUGAAAACUAUUUGAAAGCAUAUCAGAGAAGAGCAAAGAGUUAUAUGGACGGUGAGAAGUAUGAGGAAGCGGUUAGAGACUAUGAGCUAAUUUUUAGAAUGGACAGGACGAGAGACAAUCGUCAACUGUUACAAGAUGCUAAACAUACGUUGAAAUUGAGUCAACGCAAGGACUAUUACAAGAUACUCGGCGUCGAUAAGUCAGCAUCAGAAACCGAGAUCAAGAAAGCGUAUCGCAAACAAGCCAUGCUUGUCCAUCCAGAUCGGCACUCGAGUGCCAGUGAGGAACAAAAGAAAGAGAAUGAGCGGAAAUUUAAAGAGGUCAGUGAAGCAUACACUGUAUUAUCAGACCCAAACAAACGACAUCGAUACGACAGUGGGCAAGAUCUGGAAGACUUCGAUAUGGGAGACAUUGAUCCCAGUGGCCUAUUUUCACAGAUGUUUGGUGGAUUUGGAUUUGGUGGAGGUUUUCCAUUUGGUGGCGGAGGAGGCUUUCAAUUUACAUUUGGUUAAUAUAACUGUGGAUUCGAUUCGAUUAGAUAUUGUUGUCAUUUUUAAACUUUUAAAUAAGUGUUAGCCAUGUAGCUGGCUUGGACUACUU